AUCAAAACAAACAUAAUUUAGGGUUCCACAAAUUUCGGAAUGUACAGAAGAGAGCGAAAAUGGGUGAGAAAGAACUAAGAAGCACAUCUUUGGUUUUCUCGAAUAUUGUUGGUUAUGGAAUCGAGGACAGAUCGUCGGAGGAGCGUUUGGGACGAGGAAGCAGUUGGGUCUCUGUUCAGGUGGAGGGAACGGUAGGUCAUGCGGAGGGAGAAGUUGUAUCGGCGGAGGGAGGAGCUGGCCUGGCGGAUGGAGAAUAUUGCCCGAGAAAAAGGUACGGCGGAGGAGAGGAGCCCUCGACGGUCGCCGGAAGGGAGCUCCGACUGUCAGCUGGAUGGUAGAUUCUCUUGAGAAGAAGACUCGAAGGUAUUUUUGGACCGUGGUUGGAAGAGAACUCGUUUAGGGAUGGCAAUAGAGAGAGACGAUGAAUUGGGGGUGUUUGGGUAAUUUUCGGUACUAGUUAACGGAGAGAUAACAGAUUUUUUGACAGAAGGGCAUUUUUGCUAUGUCGUAAUAGUACAGGGGCAUGUUUGUGCAAAAUCAUAGUAUAAGGGCACAUUCGUUAAAACACAAUAAUACAAGGGCAUAAAAUACUAUUAACCCAUUAAAAUAUGAUUCGCAAUUAAGAAUAAAUUAAUUUCUUUUUUUGUGAUAAUUUCUUUUUUCAUUUUUUAUAAUUAUAAUUUUUUUUAUAAUGAUGUGUAAUUUCUAAAAAUUUAUUUUUUAUUUUUUAAAUUUUUUUUAUUUGCCAAGUCACACAUUUAACGGUCAACUGUCAGAGUUGACCGCCACGUCAGUCAAAGUUAACGGAGGUUAACGGAGAGUGACCGAACUUGAACUGUUCAACUAAUUCAAGUGACUAUAGAUGGAAUAAAUUAAUUUGAGUGGCAAACGUGAAAUUUUAUAGCAAUUCGAGUGACCAAACUUGCAAUUAAGCCUUCUUUUAUAUUAUCCAAACCUAUCGAAACACUAAAAAUUAGUCAAAUGUUAAAUUCUAGUUAGCAAUUUUGUUAAUAAUACUGACUUGACAACAUGAUACUUACUCGACAUUCCAAACUUUUAGUAUUUUAACUAAAAAAAGAGUUGCCAAAUUAUUAACGGUAGCGUAAAAAGGCUAAUAUUUUGAUGCAUUAUGAAAGAUUUGGAUAAUUAAUAGAAUUUUAAUAAGUUUGGAUAAUAUAAAAGAAUCUGAAAAAAGUUUGGAUAAAAAUAGGCAUUACCUUUAAAAAAAUCCCUUUCAACUCACAAGUCGCCGUUUUGGGCAAAGAAAACGUGUACUUGUGUUUCUGUAAGUUAUUGUCGGUGAUAAAGCCCUGUAGCCAAAACCCCUAGUCUUCUUUAACUGAGUAGUUCCCCGACUUGCUGCUAGCUCAGAUUAGGCGAUCAUUUUUUGCCCGCCCACGAAUAGGAAUUUGGAGAAUAGAUCGAUUGGAUUACCUUGACCAAGAACACAUCUCCAACACCUCCAUUUUCAAGCCACCGGUGUCGAAAUCGAUUAACUUGUUGUUCACCAUGGUCAUCGCCGGGAGACCCACAAGGGAUGUUGGGAGAAAGUGGUGAGUAGUAGAUGGAAGCCACUUAUCUCCCCAUACCCGCACUAAGGCUCCAUUGCCGAUCCACCAUCUUAGUCCGCUAUAAAAGAAUUCUUGGACACUCAUCAAACUCCGCCAGAUAAAACUCACAUGUAGCCCACAUUAGCCUCCAGUAUCGAAGUAUUUUAAUAAUAUUUAUCUUUCAAUAGUUGGGCUAUCAGCGAGUCGCGACUCUACACUAGCUACGCAACUGCUUCGUGAGAAUGGCGGUAUUGAAGCCUCGCAAGUCGCGAAAGCCCAUGCACCCUUGAGGUUUUGUAGCGUUAGUUCUUCUCUACUAAGCAAAUGAUUAAUGCGCUCUGACCCUUUUUGCCCCCACUAGAACUUAUAUUUUUUUUCAGAAAUAACACUGUUGAACAAAUUUUUACAAAAAUAACAUCCAAUCUCGAAAAAUACCAAAAAUAGCACUCAUUCAUUCUCGUUGUAGUAAAGAGGUCUUAGAGAA